UGACACAUGUACAAGCACUGACACUGGUGUGGUGUAAGCACUUUUUAUAGUGGUGAUAUUUUUUUAUUUUUUAUUAUCAAUAAUAGAUGCUUAGUGUCGUAGGUCCUCUAUUUUUAUAUGCAAGCUUAUUCUUGCACGGAAAACGGAUCCGCAAAAUAUGAUAGGUCCUCCAGUGUAGAAGAGGAUACCGUUAACCAAAGAAAUGUCUGGACAACAUCAAUGAAAAUGUAAAUAACUAUAUUACACGGAGAGCAUGACGAUACAACGGAAUUGUCAAUCCUAACGCGCAGCAUGACGUUAUUUGUCCACAGCAAACCGGGAUAAAUAGUAUUGCAGCUUUGCGUAGACCCAGAUGCCUCCACUCCCUCUUGACGAGCGCAUAGUGGUUAUUCAGCGCCCUAAAAACUUGGCCCUACCUGGGUCCUCCCCACAGCCCCACUCCCAUAUAACAGCCCAUAGCAACAAACUUCUCUCCCGCCCUUCUCAUCCCCAUCCUCCUCAGUCCUACCCCAAUCCUCCCUCCUCGAACUCACUGUCUUUGGAAUGCAAGCGCAGGUCAUCAUCCCGUCUGCAGAAAACCAAGGUCGACAAGGCCAUUGUCUCAGAGGGUACCAGACACACCCCUAGCCACUGUCACAGCAACGGGACAGUGACUCUUGGCCCUAGACCACACCAACACACACAUACGAUCGACAUCAAGUUAUCUGUGAACAAAGGAACAAAAGGAGGGGGGCACAGCAACUCUUUAGUUCGCAGUGGGAGUGUGAAGGGGAGCAAAAAAAGGGUUUCGUUGCGCUUGGAUCCAGGAUACGGGGAGAAAAACACUGGAGGAACAUCAGGGAAACCUGGAGRAGCAGUGCAGCAACUCCAAAACCAUCCACAGAACCAGAGACAGGCCUCACCAGGCAGUCACCAUCAGAAUCAUCUGGCUGUGUCCCCGGGAGGAGUCUUAGAGUUUGUCCCAUCUCAGAGACAGCAGUCCAAGUCCAGAAGAGAGAAGGUGCAGAACGUGUCCUCCAAAGUCUGCUCUGCCAGCUUCCCCCCCAGAGGUGCCCGGGAAGUACCCUACGUGGGUAACAAAGAGAAUUCCAAACUGGGACCUGUCCAUCAAAACCCCAACCCCCACAGCCUGCCCGGCCACCACAACUCUGUCCCUGUGCCCCAUGCUGCUGUUCUAAACUCCCACUACCCUGUCCCCCCUCCCUCCCACCACCCCCGUGCUCCUACCUCGUUUCAGCAACCCCUCAACCAGCCCCGUCCAUCCCGCGGCAGGGAUCAUCGUCCUCAGAUCCUCCACGGCCUACCCCUCUCCCCCUGUUCCUCCCGUGGAGGUUUCCCCAGCCCAGACCACACCUGUACCAUCGACUUUUCACAUCCCUUCAGCUGUGGCUGUUGGAAGCUGGUCCGCUGCAGGGGGGGCAGGGGACGUUCUGCUGGCUGCCAGAGGGGUAGGGAGAGUCCGUCUUCCUCUUUCUCCUGUGGCCACGGCCACGGGGUUGUAGGUGUGAACCACAGAGGGGGCGCAGCAAUGGGAUUAAGAACUCUUGGGGGAUGUUUGUCCACAGCCUCCACCACCAACACUUCAUCCUCCAACAGCACUGUGUCGGACUGCCGCACGGGMUUGCUCAGACCCCUGCGAUGUGCCUCCUGCUCCGGGGAGGCUGGCGCCUUUGAGAGUCCUGCUGCAUUCCGCAAAAAACUGGUGGGGGGAUGCCUGCCCUGUACCCCACUAUCCUCCUCAGCCCCGCUGCGAGCCUUACAGAGUUGUGUGAGUGGCUGCAACCCCAAAGCCAGUCAGGCCGGCAGCUCUACCUGCAGCUAUUGUAGCAGCGACCCUAUAGUUGUCACCUUCAACCCCCGUCGGGGCAGCAAGCCCCCUGGGAUGGGCAGGGGUGUAGGGGCAGGGCCCCCCAUGGGAGUAUUCCCCGCUGAUGAUGAUGAUUACAGCGUGCGCACAAUCUGGCCAGAGGARCUGGCGAAAAAGAUGACCAGGUCUAAAACCCAACAGAACCAGCAGAGCUGUGCAGGGAUGGGGAUGGGAGUGGGGAAGACAAGUGUGGGUCAGAACCAAAACAGCAGCAACGGAAUCAGCCCUGUCACCCUGGACUGUAGGAACCUAUUGGAGUUCACCCGGAAUCAGAUAACAGACCACGCUGGCCGACGCCGGCUUCAGCAGGGCAAGAUGGCUGUCCUAGAUUUUAUUGGGUCUGGGCCUGGGCGAGAUCCAGACCAGGACUCCCUGAAGAGGCUCUGGAACAAAGGUGGGGAGUCAGGAAAGGUGGAUGGCAUGGGGCAGGAAGGCAAUACUACAUACCCUCGCACCCCUUCCCCCAGCACCCCCUCUCCCCAAUCCCCUCCCUCCUUCUCACCCCCACCGUCAGCUCCCAGCACUCUCCUCAAACCCAAACCCAGACAGAGAGAUGCAGACGGACGCCAUUCCCUCCCCUCCGCCCAGUCCCUCCACCUGGUCCUCAACUCACUCAACAGAGAGCAGGACGAAGAGAGUGGCAGAGUGCACCUCACUCUGCCGCUCUCCUCCUCGCUACCGGCUUCUCUGUCAGAUGAGAAUGGGAUGACCCCUGACGUGGAGAAUGCGGUGGUCAGCCCCAUCCUACCCUUCCUCUUCCUGGGCAACGAGAGGGACGCCCAGGACCUGGACCUGCUGCUGCGUCUCAACAUCRGCUACGUGGUCAACGUCACCACACACCUGCCCCUCUAUCACCUCGGCUCCGGCCUGGUACGCUACAAACGGCUGCCGGCUACCGACAACAGCAAGCAGAACCUACGACAGUACUUUGAGGAGGUGUUUGAGUUCAUCGAGGAGGCUCACCAGAGUGGGCGAGGAGUGUUGAUUCACUGUCAAGCGGGCGUGUCCCGUUCGGCAACCAUCGUCAUCGCCUAUCUGAUGAAGCACACCCUUAUGACCAUGACUGAUGCCUACAAGUAUGUGCGUGGCCGUCGUCCUGUGGUGUCUCCCAACCUCAACUUCAUGGGUCAGCUACUGGAGUUUGAGAGGGACCUCAACUCCGGGGUCACUCCUCGCAUCCUGACCCCCAAACUCAGCGGCCUGGAGACCCAGGUCUGACAGCGGGAUAUGAGGAAUGGAGGGGAGGAGGAAACCAGCAUUGGGCCAGCCAUAGUUUUGUGAAGGAGAAAUUAAAGGUAGAACAAUAAAGAGGGGAAUGCUGAUUGACAGAGUGUCCCUAUUGGCAUAGAUUAAGAAUAAAGUAUUGAAAUAGUGCACUUUCUAGAGAUUAUAGGAUAAAUCAUUUGAUUGGUUAACUCAUAAAUAGUCCCAAUUUUGGUCAACCUAAUCCUCAUCCAAUACCAUUUGUAAUUAUGUGCCAAGUUUUUAUAUAAUGCUUAGAUAUCAUUAUUUACCAUGAUCCACUGUAAUCAGAUGGCUCAUUUGAUGCUUGUGGUAUAGAGCAUUACAGAAGUUAAGGAGGUGCAAUGACUCCUGGUCUGACUCAAGGCUGUCAUUUACAAAAUCCAUAAUGCAUGCAGAACCAGAAUAGAAACAACUAUAGUGACACCCCACCAUUCAGCUAUGACAACGAACACUAUCCAUAGCCCCAGAGAGGGCAUUCCAAUGCACUUUAUCAAUUUAUCAAUAUGUUUGGUCGUUUCAACUCAAGUGGCCCAGUCCCAGAGGAUAGCUGAUCUUGCCAUAUUGUUGGUUUAUUUAUAUUUUUCCCCACUGGGUCGGAAAUGUCUAAAUUACCUUUAAAAAAUGUAAAAUAAAUAUAUACGUAUAUAUACUGUAUAUAUAUAUACUGUAUCUUGGGAGUUGUGCAAUAGAGCAGCUUGUGGCUGGUGGAGGAGUGACCGAGGUUUAAUCGUGCCAAUUCUUAGGAAAAUGGGGUGAAACCAGAAACCUACAACUCAGUGAAUGAAACCAGAUCUGGUGCCAAUAGAGGGAUGGUCAAGAGCAACAAUACACAGACAACACUGAACAGAUUCAGCAGACUGUUAUUGAACAGGACUUAGUCAUGGAUCUAUCUAUGUUGUGUUUCCAACAGACAAUGGUUGGAAAGAUAUAAAAAGAUGAACACUGCAAAGUGUGUGCUUUAAUUAAGACACAAAACUGCACAAAGAUGUUGUUCUUUGAGUGCCCUCCUUGUUUGUGAAAUAUUUCUCCUGAACAUGUUUACUAUUGCAUAUAUACAAGUACAGAGUAUUUAUUUUUAUUGAUGUGUUUUGUCAUAUAUUUUGUGUUGUUUAUGUCACUGCUUAUAUUUUAACUUAAAGAAUAUACAUUAUAUACAUGUAUGUAUUAAAAUGUAUCAUUACUGAGAAGGAAGUUGAGGAAAAAGAGGGAAUAUAGAAAAUACCCUUGAUCAUUUCUUGUAAUUGGGAAACAUACAGUAGGAAUGAAAAUCAGACUCGAAAGAUAAGAUAAAGGCAGCAGAGAGACAAUCCUUGUCAACUUGUCUUCCUUUCGUUUAUGGCCGAGAUAAUUAUUUUUUUAAAUGUUUUUUUAAACAAUACGUUUUUAAAGCAGUUGAUUUAUAUUAGACUUAUUCAAUGAAAUCCUUUGAUUGCCAAACUGAGGACUUUGAGGUCCUUAGCCAAACUAUUAGGUUGGGAAUGAAAAUAUAAUGCAAUGUUCAACUAUCCUAGUCUUUAGAUAGUAUCCAGGCCUUUAUCUGCCUUGUCUGUCUGCCUGUUUGUCUGCUCAUCUAUCUUUAUCCUCCACCCAUCCUAGUCUUGAGUUAAUUAGUUCUUCCUGAUCCGUUUAUUCCCUCAAGCUGUAUUCAGCUAUGCCAUGUUACUGUGUGUAUAUCAUGCUCAGGAUAACGGAAAGGAGCAAUCCUUUGUAGCAGACAGAAUGAUACCUCUCUUAUUCUUAUCUUCUGGCGUGAUGUUGUAUCCCUUCUUUUGCCCUCCAGUGUCUGCUUUGUGCUCCCAUCUGCCUCUGUAGAGUUUGAAUCUCUUUUACAACAAUACUAUGCAUUGUUCUUGUUAAAAAUAUGGAUUUGAUCCGCGAAAACGAUAACAAAGCUUUAUCAUUGAGUUCACUGUGAAUCACACUCUUCCUGCAUAUUGGCCUUGGUCCUUAAGUAUAAACCCAUCCAACUUGUAUUUAAUACUGUGGGUAGUCAGUCACCCCUCAGCUCCUGUCUGUCAGACUGUGGUUCCUGCUCACUAGUUUUACAUUUACUGAUCCUUAUCGCACAAUUUAUUCUGUGAUGCCCAGCCAAAUUUGAUCUAUUACAGUCCUGCUAUGUAUCACAUUUUGAUAUAAACGGAACAAAAAUAUAAACGCAACAUGCAACAAUUCCAUUUGAUUUUACGGAGUUACAGUUCAUA